AGAAAAGGGGGGAGAGUAAAAAGUUUGUUUUCUUCUAGACGUCAGCGAAAAGGCGUUUUUUUUUUUGGUCACUUGGCUGAGAGUGAAUGUGAGAGUGAGCCGGUCCCUGCCCUACAGGGGGAGAAGCAUUUAGGCACAGGGAGCUUUUGGGGAAGGGAGAGGAAAGUGCUGCAACAAGUUUAGGGAUAAGAAAGUGUGACUGUCGGUGAGUAGAGACAGGCAGAAAGGAGCAUAAAAGUCCUGGGCAGGUGGUAUGGACAGAGAUUUUGGUCUGGACAAGUCGAUAGCCCUCAAUGAAAUGCGGAUCCUGGAACCCUCUGAGCUCCCCCACGGAAGGAAGAACUUUAGUGUCAGUCACCUCUUGGACCUGGAAGAGGCAGUGGUGGCAGGGAUGCAAGAGACCGCAGAUAUGUCAGCGCCAGCGGAGGACGACGACAAGGAACCGGUGUCUGGGGGAAGCAGUGACAGCGAAGUGACAAUUCAGGAAGGAGGAAGCCCAAAUCCCAGCAGCAGCAAAUCCUCCAGGAAGAAGAAGCAGAGGAGGAACCGAACAACAUUUAACAGCAGCCAGUUGCAAGCUCUGGAGAGGGUCUUUGAGAGGACUCACUACCCGGACGCCUUUGUACGGGAAGAUCUUGCACGCAGGGUUAGUCUGAGCGAGGCCAGAGUACAGGUCUGGUUCCAGAACAGACGAGCCAAGUUCCGGAGGAAUGAAAGAGCCAUGCUUGCCAGCCGUUCAUCUACCCACCUAAAAUCAUUCAGCCAGGACGCAGGCGUGGAGCAGCAGGUAUCACCCCAAGCAAGCACCCUGACCCCCGAAUAUAUGCCCUGGAACUCAAACAGCAACUACAGCAAUGCCAGCCUGCCACCCUAUAGCCCAACUACAACUGCCACCAGCACGGCGCCAACCCAAGGGGUCAAUAUGGCUGACAGCAUUGCAAGCCUACGACUAAAGGCCAAGGAGUUCAGCUUGCACCAGAGCCAAGUGCCCACUGUAAACUAAACCGCCAGAGGAUGAACAGACUAUUCUGAGACAGGCUGGAGUGCACCGACACAACACCAAAACGCCUGUGGGCAACAGAGGUUCAGAGACUGAAAGAGCCAACAAAGCAAUGUUACUGAAAUAUGACCUGCCUGCCAUUAGGAACCCCAAAAUCUGGGGCAGAAGAAUGCUGCAUAAAGUAUUCCCAGCAUUGCAGGUGGGCAGCACAACAGUAAUCUGACAUUUGGUGUGGGGUGUAAAUAAGCAGCCUUUGGGGGGAUUAGGUGGUACAAUACUUGUUCUGGAUUUAUAACCCAUUAUUUACUCACAUGGUCCUGGGCUCUAUCCCUCUGCCCAGCCUUUCUAGCACCCUAGAUACUCUCUGUAUAUAUGUACAUAGCAAUGAUCCCUUGUAAAUACAGGCCCUUUAUAUGGUACUUUACAUGCUAUGCCAGGUGUACCCUAGAUUAUCAUUGCAACAAUACUUGGUCAGUAUCAGCCUUUACCUGACCCCUCCCAGGUAGGACUGCAACUCCCAGCAUGCCCUGUGAAUUGCAAUAUUGCACAGCUGGGGAGAGGGGGCAGAGUUUGUCUAACCUUGAUUUAAUGGUUUCUAUGAAUAAAACCACUGACACAGGGCAAUCUGAGGGAGACAGAAGGGCAUUUUAUAUCUGUUACCUGUUCCUCUACUUGUACAAUGUUACUAAUUUAGUUCAAACUAAUUUGUCGUUAGGGCUCAUACACCAGCUUGGAGGCAUAAGAGCCCUUUUACAUCAAGUCUCCCAAUAUGUCCAGCACCUUGAGGUGAUCAGGUGACCACUGGGCAUUCCCAGCUAUGGAGCGGUGUCACUGAUACCAGCAAGAGAUACAGGGAAUCCAAGGCGUGUCUGUUCACCAUUACAGGUGCUAAGCCUAUGCAUCCAUGUCAGGCUUUAGUUGUCCUUUAAAAAGACUACUCCCUUUGCAGAAGAUGGCUUCUCAGCCUGUCAGGGACUAUAUUGUGCAACCACUGCCAGAGUCACACAAGAACCUUAACCAAGUGCUUAGGCUCAUGAAUUCCUUAUUAUCAUUAAUUGAUGUAUCAGUCUUUACUAAGACAGCGUACAGGGCUCACAGGGGGACUGGCUCUCAAUACAUUGGUAAUAUAAAGGAAACAACUAUUUCAAAGGUCUAGUAACCCAUAACAACCAAUUAGGCCUUUACUUUAGACAGGGGGUCAGUAACUGGUUUCUAUGGAUUGUUAGGACUAAUGCAAACUUUGUGAUGUUUAAUAUAUUAGCCUCUUUCUGGAGAGUGGGACAUGUCAGGAGUUUGCCAGGGACUGCACCAUACCUACGGCAAUUCUACCUGAGCACAAUCUCUGAUCCAUCUUGUUGUGCAUCUAUAUAAAUGAAAGAAAAUCUGAAUUAGAGACACAGACAGCUGUUGGGAUCACCAUCUCUCACCUGCUGGCCAAAUAUACAGUGAGCAAUAUCUCAGACAACCUUUGCUACUACCAGUGCAGAGAUCUACAACUCCCACCAGUAGCUUGACUGAGAUAGGGUCUCCGGAGAGCUGUAGCGUUUCUGCAGAAUUUGGGAAACUAUAUCACAGUUGUGAAAUUCAUGCUUUGCAGAUGUAUGCUUUGCAGCAAUAACAGCAUGAUUAGGGUUGCCACCUUUUCUGGAAAAAAAUACCAGCCUAUAUAUUUAUCUUUUUCCCCUAUUAAUAAUAUUGGGACCAGCUAUCAUAAAAUACCGGCCAGGUGGCAGCCCUAAGCAUGAUGUAUUUUUGGGGUAAGUACACUGCAGCUUUGUAGUGUCAGUCAUAUUGGAUUGUUGUGCUGGGCAGAAUUGCCUCAGAGUAUUUGGGCUGGGCAGAUGACACUUGUGCAGCUCAAUGUAUAAAUAGGGUCACAGUUUCUCAAUUGGAUUGGGAUCAGGGCUUUAAUUGGGCCAUUGCAGAACAUGCACCUUUGUAAAUUCAAAUAGGAGGACAGAAGGACAAUAUGCAGGAUGACUGCUAAUGUGCAAUUUAUUGCUUAUCCACACGACAUGUGUCAAGGGCCUGUGACGCCCGAAACAUGUCGUGUGGAUAAGCAAUAAAUUGCACAUUAGCAGUCAUCCUGCAUAUUGUCCUUCUGUCCUCCUAUUUGAAAUUUACAUUGGUAUAUGUAGGUGCAUGGACGGAGCACCUGAGAGACAGUUGGACUAGCUACACUAUGCUUACAGGUGUGUAAAUUACUGAUUGAAAGAACAUGCACCUUAUUGUUCUGGAGCUGCUCUGGUGUCACUUUGCCUCGGGUUUAGGAUCAUUGUGCCAACUUUGUCCCAAGAUACAGUUCCCUUGUCAUAUCUCCCUGUAUUAGGCACCAGCCAUACUCCCUUUAUUCUAACAUUUUUUAUUCCAUGUCCCUGUUGGGCAUAGCACCCCACGUCUCUGUAUUUAGGGGCCAGUCAUAUCCAGACCUCAGAGUAACAACGCAAUUCAUGUGAGUGACCAACCUGCAAACCCCUUGGUUCCAUUCUAUUCUCUCUUAGUAAUGGCUUUUAAAUAUUUAGGGAACGUGUUUCAGAGGCUAAAACACAAUCUCUCAGCAAGACAAUGAUCCCAAAGUAACACUGGGGGUGAAUGUCCUGCAACUGCCCAAUCACAGCCCUGAUCCCAAUUUAGAGACUCAGUGUUGGAAAACCAAGGGGCACAAGUGUCAUCCCACCAACCUAAAUAACCUGUGGCUGUGCCAGGGACAAUGGGCCAAAAUGACUCCCUAACAGUGUGCAGAUCUGAUCUGUACUUACCCCAAAAGUCUCCAGGGAAUAUAAAAGCAUUGGAGGGGGAUAUACAUGCAUACAUCAUAAUUCAGAUUUUCAGAGUUUUGUGCUUUGAAAUACAAAUAUCACAGAGAACAAAGAUGGUCAGUAUAACGAGUCCCGGGCAAGAGGCAAAUAACACAAACAAGGCAUUGCAAAAUAAUAAUAUACGCUACAUUUUAUCAUUAUGCAGUCGCAAAUGUAAGAAUGUUAUGAAACCCUCUCCUCCCAGAGUCGUGUGUCCUUCAAGUGUAAUGUUCCUACAGUGACAAUGUAUAUGAUUCCUCUCUGUAAAUGCCCGACCAAUACAUGAAAGAUUCAAAAUAAAACCUACACAAGUCA